AUGUGGACAUUCCUUUGGACUUCUAUACUCUUUUGUUUCUACAAUGGUUUUGAUUGUUUUGAAAACUUCAGUAAAAAAAACACAACAAUUCUAAAACAGAGUUCAACAUACAAAGGCAACAAAGUAACAUUAGCUAAUGACGGCAAUUUAGAUUUGAAAGAAGAGAAUUGUUCGCAUACUGAUUUGAACCAACCUCAAGCUUGGCUUCAGGUGGACCUAGGCAAGUCCUACAGCAUAAGAAACGUAAAGAUAUAUUACAGAACCGACGAUUCAUGGGAGCCGUAUAGAUUCAGGCAAUUUUAUCUCGAUGUAUCAGAAAAUCCAGCAUCAACGUCAACUACGUCACAGAGAACCCGGUGUUACACUGACAAUACCACAUACCCAUCAGUACCUCCAAAUAUAAUAGACAUCCCGUGUAAAAACACAGCUAGAUACGUCAUUGUGGAGACCACGUAUGACGCACCUGAAGAUAAAGCGAUAAGAGGGGCGAUUCUUGAAAUCUGUGAAAUAGAAGUUUAUGGAUGCGAAACCGGUAAAUAUGGUGACGAUUGUAGACCGUGUAUGAAGUGCCAGUCAUGUGAUAUCACAAACGGUCGUUGCGAUUGCCUUGACACAUGCAGAAAUAAAAUAUGUGAUAAAUCAACUGGACGCUGCUUUUUCGGAUGCAAGACCGGAUAUUGGGACUUUACUUGCAGUUCUACAUGCUCUGAAAAUUGCUUACACAGACAGUGCUCUAUAACAAAUGGCACCUGUGAUACAUGCAUUCGUGGAAGAUACGGAGAUACUUGCGAUGGAAUGUGCAGUCCCAGAUGUUUAUCAAGGUCAUGUGAUCGACAUAGUGGAGCCUGUUUUAAUGGAUGUAGACCAAAUUGGGCGGGAAAGUAUUGUGAAACAUGCGACUCCUCCCAUUAUGGAUCCACAUGCUCAGACACAAGCAGUAUUAACUGUAGAAACGGAUGCAGCCCAGACAAUGGAGAUUGCUAUGAUUGUCUUGAGGGUUUGUUUGGACGCAAAUGCAACGAGACGUGUGGUUCCGGGUGUGUGUCUGGUUGUGACCAAAUCACUGGACACUGUACCUGUAAACAAGGAUGGGAAGAAAAUAAAUGUGUUGAAUGUCGUCCUAAUUAUUACGGAGUGUUGUGUGACAAACCAUGUAGCCCAAAAUGCAACCGUGGAACAUGUUUUGCAAACAACGGAACAUGCGACAGUGGGUGCAAAUGCAACAUUAUUAACGAACUGACUGCUAAAGUUCAACAUUUACAGAACUCAAGCAAUCAACACUUUUUAUAUGCAGUUUCCGUGGCGUUUUGUCUUAGUUUGGUGAUCAACAUAAUUGUUUCGAUUAGAUAUCCUCUCCUGCUAAGCUGGGAAUUUUAG